AUUCUCCAUCUCUCUCUCUCUCUCUCCAUUCUGGGCUCGGUACUCGGUAUGUGUCAGCAUUGGUCAGUAUGACGAUGCUUUUUCGAAUACAUAAUACCGAUAAUGCAAAUUUAUGAAAUUUCGACUAAUUAACGGAUAAGAUUUAUGAGAUAAUUACGGGAUUAAUCAAGUUGUUAUGCGCAAAAUGUUACGUAAAGGUGCGUGUCAAAUAACUAGCUCGAUUCAUUCGAGCUUGCACGCAGAAAUACACGAUAUUCCAAUGAAUGUAAUUAUCAGACCUUUUCUUGCUGAAGUAAAUGAGGAAAAAGUUCAAAGUUUAAUGAGUGCAUUGAAAAAUAUCGAUACCGAGCAUACAGUACCGCCAAUUGAUGUUCUAUGGAUAAAAGGAACUGAAGGCGGUGACUAUUAUUAUUCUUUUGGUGGUUGUCAUCGUUAUACUGCCCAUCAACGACUAGGUAAAACAUCUAUAAAAGCCAAAAUAGUUCAAUCAACUUUAACAGACCUACGAUGUUACUUGGGGAGUUCUACCCCAAAUUUAAAGUGACUUAAGUCCAUUAUCUAUACUUAUAUAAUGAUACUUAUAUAUUAACAUAUAUAUUUUUUAAAUUAUUACUAUCAUAUAUUACCUCAUACUAUUUUGAUAAGAAUAUAUUAAUGUGUACAGAUAGAAUUACUGAUAAUUGUUAUAUAUUAUUAAAAAUAUAUUUGUAGUGCUACAUAUAUUUUUGGAAGUUACAAAUAAUAUAAAUCUUUUAUUCAAA